UCCGUAAACCGAGAGCCAGCGGCUAAGCGCGCGGGAGCGCGCGCUGUUAGUUCGCAUGUGUAGCUACCUUAAAGCGGCAGCGCGCUUCAUGAGGACUGACGGAGAAGCGGAUUUUAAUGUCUUUUAUCAGAGGGUUUAUUUCGUGUCUUUCUGACUGAAAUGUGAGCCCGGGUUCAGUGUACGUGGUGUAGGACAGCGGGUUUAUUAUAUCUAUAUUAUAAAUUAUUUAUAUAUAUAUAUAUAUAUAUAUAUAUAUAUAUAUAUAUAUAUAUAUAAAGGCGCAGGAGUAUCGUUGCUAGCGUAGGCGCUAAUAAAGAAAGAAUCUACAACAAAAACGGUGAUGACUUCCGCUCGCUCCCGCUGAGGUGAUCCAGGCGGACAGGUGAUGGAGGUGUGAGGAUAGAAAGGGAGCGGGAGCGGGAGCGCGCACGGGGAUGAUGAGUAACGUGAACGUGAACGUGAACGCGCAGAGUCCCGACUUCGUGCUCAUGCGCUUGGUUUCUGCAGCGGAGUAUGAUGACCUGGAGCCGGAGCCUGAGGAGGUCCUGUCCCCUCAUCAGAGAGUGGAGAAGAACAGCGGGAUACCUCCCGGAGGUGUUGGAGGUGGUGGAGGCAGAGAGGAGCCGAACUACAGCUCAGACACACAGACCUGUCAGUGGAUCCCUGUGCUCAGACUCAGUAACAGUGAGGAAGUUCAGGAAGGACUCUGUUACAGACAUGGACACCUGAAGGAGCGAUUGAGAGGAGACAAACCCACAGAUGGUCACCUUACGCCCACAGACACGCUCAGAACUGGGACCAGGACCUCCACCCUGGAUCCCGUGUUGAACUUGGCACCGCAGCUGAGUGAGACCGGACCGAGAACAGACGUGUCCCGGAAGGAGGAUGGAGACGCCUCGGUGUGUUCCUGUCAGACUGGAGAGGAUCCGAGUGAGACCAGUGAUGCCCUGCUUGUUUUGGAGGGUUUGGGUACAAACCAAGUAGGACAUAAGGGGGGUAUGAGGGAGCAGACGGUUCUCACCCAGACUCUGAGCGACUCCACGUCUCUGAGCGGACUGAUGUGCCAGCUGACUUCUGACCCCUGCUGCCCGAAUGACCCCACCGCUGCCACCUCGGCCCCUCCCAGCCGCCCACCCACUCCCAAACACGUGGGCUCGUCCCUGCAGCUGUCGGCGUGCGGCUCAGGGGGCUCCGGGGGCUCAGGGUGCAGGGACAGGGAGCGAGGGAAGUCCAGGAAGGGAUCGCUCAAGGUGUGUUUGAGUAAACUGUUCCGCACCAAAAGUACCGGCAGCGCCCACGCAAGUCAUGUGACCAACAAGAGGCCGUCCCUCACCUCCUCCACUUCGUCUGGAGGCAGCCUUGUAGACCUGUUCGGCUCCGGAGAUCCCGACACACCCAGGUCUCAGAUGGUCCGGCCUCACAGUGACUCUUACUCUCCUGUUCCCUUCACUGGUGAGACCAUGUCUCUGGUGGAUGUGGACAUUUCUCAAAGGAAUGUAAACUCUCUCCAUCCUCCCACUCCUCCUCCUCCACCCAGGAGAAGUCUCAGCUUGCUCGAUGAUUUGGGAGCACCUCAGGCCGGACGCUUACUCUCCUCAGCGCAGUCACUACAGCCGUCACACACACAUUCUUACACACACAUUCAACACAGCUUGAGUCUGAACGAUACGACUCUUCGCAGUGUCCUGCCCAGGCCACACCCCCUUCAGAAUGACAGCCAAUCGGGUGUUCCGGUGCAGCGCCAGUCCCUUUUGUGUCCUCUGACCAGCAGCUUCGCCACCAGCCUUCGAGAGCUGGAGAAGUGCGGGUGGUACUGGGGGCCGAUGAACUGGGAGGAUGCAGAGAUGAAGCUGAAGGGGAAGGCAGACGGCUCGUUCCUGGUGCGAGACAGCUCAGACCCACGCUACAUCCUCAGCCUGAGCUUCAGAUCACAGGGGGUCACACACCACACUCGCAUGGAGCACUACAGAGGAACAGGAAGUGGUGAAAAAGAGGAAGUGAUCCAAUUCUAAAGAAAACACUUGUUCCCUUUAAGACACUCACAGCUCCCUCAUUAACAGUAUAAAGUUCCUCCUUUUUCUUCUUUCAUUUUCUCAGAAUUAGAAUGAGAUAUACAACUUCAGGAGCUAAACACAGCCAGGGGUGCCAAUACUUUUAAUCAAGGGGUCUUCUCCUUUAGUUACAUUUUAAAAGUCAUUACAAACUAUAUGAAAGGGCACUGGGUAGAGUGUAGAGGUGGGCCAUGUUAGACUCUAGUGCACAAAUGCCCCAGCUGUGCUUACAGGGUCCCUCAGAGAGAAGGUGAGUUCUGUUCUGUCCCAAAAAUGCAGCUUUUGGUUCAUCACAGUGCAGCAUAACACACACUGAAGUGCACUCUGAAGACUGCCCUCUUUCUCAUACACACUUACAGACUAGAUCCUGAUUGGCUAGAGUCACUGUGAUUGACAAGAUGUAAAAAAGUGUUUGCCCCCUAAACCUAAUCACUGCUUGGGCCGCCCUCAGCAGCAACAACUGUAAUCAAGCGUGUGUGAAAACUUGCACUGUUUCUGCACUGUGGAGGAAUUUUACUCCACUCAUCUCUGCUGAAUUUUGUAACUCAGCCACAUUGGAGGGUCUUCCAGCAUGAACCCCCUUUUAAAGGUCAUGCCACAGCAUCUCAAUAAGAUUCAGGUCAGGACUUUGACU